UUUUUUAAAUAUUCGAAAUAUUCCAUAUUUUUCCUGCUCUAACACAUCUACAUUUGCAAAAAAUAAUGCUCGACCAAUUUGUCAUUGCAACCAAGGGCGGCAUCCUGCUGUGGUCGAACGACUACGUCUCGGUCGGUGGGCAUCCGGUGGAUUCGCUCGUACAAGAUGUGCUCAUUCAGAGCACGCGCACGGACAGCAGCAGCAAAUACAUGUCGGGCGCGUACACGCUGCAGUGGACGUUCGCCAAUGAGCUCAACGUGAUAUUUAUUGCCGUGUACCAGAAAAUACUGCAGCUACCCUACAUCGAAGAUCUGCUGAAGCACGUCAAGCGCCACUUCAUUGCGCGCUUUGAGAGCGAAAUUAAGCAGCUGAUGGACUCCGACUGCCUGGAUAUUCCAAACUUUGGUGAUUUUGACGACGAAUUUGAGCAGGUCAUGCGGGCCGUCGAGGAUCGCGAACAGCACGAGCGACAGAGCAGGCAUUCUCAGCCACGAAAGUUUGAAGACACAAAGAAGUUCCAGACGACGGCAAAGGGCGCCAAGCUUGAGCUGGAGGAGCUGGCGCAGGCCGGCGAGAUGGAGCUGCUGGCGCCGAGUCGUCGCGCUGGCAGCAAGAUGCGUUCGUUCGGAGAGCGCCGCAAUGGUGAAGAGGCAAAGAAGACCGGGAAGAAGGCAGAGAAGAAGGGCAAGGAGAAGCGCGUGUGGGACGGCCAGGUUACCAAGGAGAGCAUGCAUGCACUGGACUACAGCGGCGCAAAUGGCGGUAACGAAGAUAUGGGUAGCCACUUGGUCUCAGCUUUGGUCGACGAGAACUCGCGCGGCGCGCGCACGGCCGAUGGCAUCUACGAGGUUGCUGACGUGGCCGAGCGCUCGACAGGCUCUGGAGAUAGCGAUAGCUUUGUCCUGCUUAGCGACAACGACGGCGGCAGCGACAGUGAGGCAAAGGACAGCAAGGGUUCUGGAGGUGGCUUCUUUGGCAUGUUUAAAAACUUGACAAGCGGGCGCGUGCUCACAGCCGACAUUCUAGCGGAGCCCAUGGCGCGAAUGCGCGAGCACCUGGCAAACAAGAACGUCGCGUCCGAUAUUGCCAACGAGAUCUGCAAGACCGUGGCCAAGGGUAUGCUUGGUGUGCGCGUUGGCGGUCUGCAGAACAUUCGCCAGCUGGUUGAGCAGAGCAUGGAGACUGCGCUGACACGCAUUCUGACACCCGUGUCAUCCACAGACAUUAUCCGCGACAUCGAGCACGCGCAGCAGAAGGGCCGCCCGUACACCAUGGCGUUUGUCGGCGUCAACGGCGUCGGCAAGUCAACCAAUCUGUCCAAGGUCUGCUAUUGGCUCCUGCAGAACAACAAGCGCGUGCUGAUUGCCGCCUGCGAUACCUUCCGCUCGGGUGCUGUCGAGCAGCUGCGUGUGCAUGUGCGCAAUCUGCGCGCGCUUUCGAAUAACCAGAACGUCGAGAUUUUUGAACGCGGCUAUGGCAAGGAUUCGGCUACGAUCGCCAAGGAUGCUAUUACUUUUGGCGCGAGCAACGGCUUUGAUGUCGUGCUGAUUGACACAGCCGGCCGUAUGCAGGAUAAUGAGCCACUGAUGCGCGCCCUGGCGAAGCUCGUGAGCGUCAACAGCCCCGACAAGAUUUUGUUCGUCGGCGAGGCCCUAGUGGGCAACGAGGCCGUGGACCAGCUUGAAAAGUUCAACCGCGCGCUGCGCGACUUUUCGGGCCAGUCGAAACCCAGACAUAUUGAUGGCAUCAUUUUGACAAAGUUCGACACAAUCGACGAUCGCGUUGGCGCCGCUCUGUCCAUGACAUACACCACGGGGCAGCCGAUCAUAUUUGUCGGCACGGGCCAGACAUACACUGAUCUGCGCAAGAUGAACGUCUCCCAAGUUAUCCGCGCGCUGCUGCGUGCAUAGGCAUGACAGCCGAGCUGCUUGAGAACCCUUUGAAACGUGUCUUUUGAGUAAAUUAUUGUAGAAAAUUUUAAAUAGAC